AUGACUGGCAUUGUAGACGAGAUUAGUCAUGAAUUGCAGCGUUUUUUCUAUGAAUUCGUGACUUUAAAACACACUCCAUCCAAAACAUUAAAAAUAUUGCCUCCGCUUCCAGACAAAGCAUUCAGUACUCAGCACAACCUGGAAGUGCACGGCGUGGUCCACUCGGGGAACAAGGCCUUCGUCUGCACCGACUGUGGGAAGGCCUUCGCGCGCAGGGCAGAGCUCAGGGACCAUAUGCGGAUACAUACUGGCGAGCGUCCGUUCUCGUGCGAGGAGUGCGGCGCGAGGUUCACUCAGCGCUCGAACCUGCACUCCCACCGCCGCGCCACGCACUACAACGACACCAGGCACCACUGUACCCUCUGUCCCAAGAAGUUCAAGCGGAGGAGGUUACUAGAGUACCACAUAAAGGCGACGCACACGGGCGAGCGUCCCCUGAAGUGCAACGUGUGCCAACUGUCCUUCGUGUACCCCGAGCAUUACAAGAAACAUGUCCGCAUACACUCCGGGGAGAGGCCCUACGUCUGCGAGCGACAAGAAACCUUACGAGUGCGUCGCCUGCGGGGCUGGGUACAUGAGGAAACAACUGCUCUACGCCCAUAUGAAUACCAGCGUAAGCCUUACAAAACUUGCAUAUACUACAUAGCACUUUGUUAUCUCGGUCACCUGGCGGAGUCCAUCGUUGUCAAUCAACCUAGAGUCAUCAAAGUUACGGAAAAUGUUCGUAUAUUUAUAAAUAUUAACACGUUACUGAGGGGAACUAGUUCGCAUGCAACGGAUAUAACUGACCUAGACACAAAAACCAGUAAAUUUGAUGCGAUAUUCGAGGCACAGACUGAAUUGGAGGCUAGCAUCAAGUCCGUGAAAUCAGAAGCUGACGUGAAUUUAGAAGAUGCCAAAUUCUAUAUUACUGAAGAUAAGAAAUUAAUAUUGCAGGAUAGUGAUAAAACGACAUUGAAUUUAAUACAAGAAGGAGACGAGUCUACGCUUUUAACUAUACAUAACAUAGGAGAGAGGGCCGACGCGACAAUUUUAGAAGCUGUCAAUGCUGACCAAUUGUCUGAACAGACUGAAAUCGUAGCUAAUGAUGAGAAUGGAGGCAUGGUGCGACUGAUCCAAAUCAAAUUACCUGACGGUAACAACGGAUGGGUGGCAAUCAAUCGCUGA